GGCGGCGCUCGGGUAGGCGCGCCCUGCCGGUCGUGGAGAGAGGCGCGGCCCGGCCGAGUCCCCCGCCCCGGCGCCGAGCGCUCACUCGGAGGAGGACCGAGUCCCGCGCGCCCGGCCGCUGCCGCCUUCGCCCCCGCCCCUGGGAGCCGCGGGUCCGCGCGAACAAUGGGCCCGGGCGCUCGGGCCGCGCUGCUCCGGGCGGGGCUGCAGGUGCUGGCGCUCGCGGGCGCCGACGAGCCGCACGUUCCUCCAGCGAGUCUUGGGCCUCCACGAAACUCCACUGGUAACCUAACAGAGACUCUGCCUUCCAGCAACACCAGCAGCACUGUGAAACCACUGACCACUACAAUACCCUUGGUCAGCAACAGGACAGCCACCACCGUGAAAUCCACAGUGACUUCUAAAGUGGCGACACCAGCAAUCUCAACCAGUCCAACUCCCGCCACCUCAAAGACUACUCCUAAAGCAACAAGUAUUUCACAGAAUGUAACCCAGAGGUCAACCCCCACAAUGACUACAGCCCACCAUGGUUUGGUGACAUCACUAACAACAACUGUCCACUCUAAAGAAGGCGGAGGAUCGAAGUUCGAUACUGGCAGCUUUGUUGGUGGGAUUGUACUGACACUGGGAGUGUUAUCGAUUCUUUAUAUUGGAUGCAAAAUGUAUUAUUCGAGAAGAGGCAUUCGGUAUAGAACCAUUGAUGAACAUGAUGCCAUCAUUUAAGGAAAUCCAAGAACCACGGAAAGAAGAAAGAUUGGUGCAGCUCUCUAAUUGUGGCUUAUUAGUUUAAAACAAUAUUCUUAAAAUAGUAUACAUGGACCAGGGGUAUGAUGCGUGAUGUAUUAUAUAAACUUGUGAGGAUUCCUUCUUAUUACUAAAGACAAAAUUGCCUUAGUUUAAACGUUUAAAUGAUAUAGCUAGAGCUUACA